GAAAACUCGAUUCAAGAGUUCACCAACUCUUAUGAGCAGUCAAGUCACUCAGCCCUCUCAACAGCAGCAGCCUCAGAACCCCACACACGGCGAGGAAUGUGACAUCUGUGGAAUUAUUAUCUCUCGCCGUGGUGACAUGCCCAGACACAAACGAACUCAUGCGGCUGCAGAAGACAUGGACGCCAUGUUACACCGAUGCCCUUGGGAAGGUUGCACCUAUUCCAGCCUCCAAAAAACCAACACCGAUAUUCAUCACAGGACACAUACGAAGGAACGAAACCAAGUGUGUCCCGAUUGUGAUUCCAGGUUUUCCGAUCCUGGGUCUUUGAUUAGACAUCGCAAGACUCUGCAUGGAUAUGUUCCUAAAGCUAGAAAGACGCGUCAAAGCAGCACUACUACUAGUCCUGCCUCAUCUACACGCGGCAGGCGAAGGCGUCAGCCGUAUUCGCAUUCCAUGUCUUCCGUUUCUUCAGCUUCGAGUUCAGGUUUAUCAUCUCCUGAUCCUACCACUCCCACUUCUCCAAGUACUUCUGAUGUUCACUCACAGUGAUUAUGCUUGGUUGUAGAUGGUACGGUAUAUCCGUGGCCUUACUUUUCCCGCUCAUGAUUUCUCUGAUCUCUAUAUAUACCACUUACAGGAAAUGCUCUUGCCGACUCGGGAGAAGUUUGCGAACACCGUAUCGAAUCGCCGGAAUCAGCGGGCACAAAAUCUGGUUGUCGGGAUGAUGCACAACGGUGAAAGUGUUCCCAUUUGAUGUCGGGAAUGGUCGUUCGCACUACUUACAGGCCGGUGCCCCACUGGCUUAACCAGUGGUGUCCUCUUCGACUUUUUCGUAGAGGUAAACGAAGGAGGAGA